CUUCUGCCCUGUGUCCCGUUUCCCCUCUCCUCCCUAACCCAUCAUCCCCCCCUCUUUUCCCAAUUCCAACACUAAAAACUUCCCAUUGAUCGAUUGAUCGAUUGAUUUACCCCACAUCAUAAUAGGGUUUACAUACCAACGCCAAUGUGUCUGUCAGCUUAUUUGGUCUACCUAGGUAAACUUAAUAAUUCAUUACAAUUACUGCUAGCCGUGGCUCCAAGUCUCUUAGCUACAUCACUAGGCACUACCUAGGAUACCUAGUAGACACCUCUACAGUCUAGAGAGGUAGGUAGUCUGAAGCUGCUUCAUUAGUCAUACACGGUAUGCUCGGUAUUACGGGUGGCAUGGCAGUCGCCGUAACAUUCGUUCUGCAAAUCACCCUUGAGGGUCAACCUUCUUCCACCCUCUUCCACCAAGAUGCCAUCGAAUCCCGCUUAUCAACUGCCGGAACUUGAGACUCCUCAUACCAUGCUAUACAUGCUAUAGGCACCUACGAAUAAGUAUGAAACAAAGCACAUAUGGACUGGACAUUAAGCGUUCAUCAGUCAACCUUCAGUGUUAAGUGUUAAGCCUGUCCUAGAAUGGUAUACCGGUAGUUGACCAACUUAAGAUAUUACAAAUAUUGGGAUUAGAAUAAGAAUCUCCUUGUGUUUAUUGUUUAACCUAAACAUUUCUCUUUCUCUUCUUCCUUCUCUUCCUUCUCUUCCCUCUCUUCCUAUUUCCUUCGCAUUCAUCAAAUCAACCGCCAUGGCUACCUCAUCACAGAUACCCACUCUCCUCGACUUAACGAUUGACAAUAUUACACCAAACACCAUUAGCAUCAACUCGCAAUGCCAGAACCCGCGUCUCAGGUAUCUCAUGUCGCGAUUGGUGACUCACCUGCACGACUUCGCUCGGGAAACCCGGCUUAGCACUGACGAGUGGAUGGCAGCUCUCAACUUCCUUGUAGGCUGCGGGCAGAUCAGUGAUGAUGUGCGCCAUGAAUUCAUCCUUCUCUCUGAUAUCCUAGGCCUUUCCUUGCUAGUUGAUAGUAUCAACCACCCGAAGCCUCCAGCAACCACCGAAGGCUCCGUCCUAGGGCCCUUCCACACCCAUGACGCACCGACUUUGCCUAGCGGAGCGACCAUGUCGUCCGACCCUGAAGGGGAGCCACUCCUUUGCAUAUGCACCGUCAAAGACACGGCGGGCAAACCUUUGGAGGGCGUCAAGAUUGAUAUUUGGGAAACAGACAGCGGUGGACACUACGAUGUGCAACACUCAGACCGCGGAGAACCCAGUGAGCGAUGUAUCAUGGUGAGUGACAAGGAGGGACGCUUCUGGUUUAAAGGGAUAAGACCUGUGAGCUAUCCUAUCCCACACGAUGGGCCAGCUGGUAAGCUUCUGAUGCACUUGGGUCGGCAUUGCUGGAGGCCGGCCCACUUGCACUUUAUGUUUGAGAAGGAGGGCUUGGAUCAUCUAAUUACGGCCCUCUAUAUGCGCGGUGAUCCCUACGAGACCUCCGAUGCCGUAUUUGGUGUCAAGCAAAGUCUAAUAGUCGAUUUGGAAAAGACUGAUGCCGCGACAGCAAAGGAAUACAACUACACAGAAGGGGGUCUACUACUUAAACACGACUUCAUAUUAACAAGCCAGGCGGAAACGGAAAGGUUACGGGACGAAAAUGCAGUCAAGGCUCUAGCUGCGCUAGGGUUACGGAUGAGACUUGUUGACCAUUUGCCCGUGCCUGAGGUGGAUUAAAUACAAAUCGGCUCACACGCCUUUAUAUAACCCCCCUUUAUUUACUAUCUCUACCUAGGUAAACUUCAUAUAGUGUAUAUAUAAAUCGAAUACAUGACCUGAUAUUUUGAACAUCUA